CCUGCUCGAGGACAGCAGCAUCAGCGCUGGUAUCAGGGCGGAUUCGUCACCGACACUGUGGAAACAUGGACAGUCAGGGAAGGAAAGUGGUAGUCUGUGACAACGGGACCGGGUUUGUCAAGUGUGGGUAUGCCGGCUCUAAUUUCCCAGAACACAUUUUUCCGGCUCUGGUCGGGAGACCCAUCAUCCGUUCCACUGCCAAAGUGGGAAACAUUGAGAUCAAGGACCUGAUGGUGGGAGACGAGGCGAGCGAGCUGCGCUCCAUGCUUGAGGUGAACUACCCAAUGGAGAACGGCAUCGUGCGGAACUGGGACGAUAUGAAGCACCUGUGGGAUUACACCUUCGGCCCCGAAAAACUCAACAUUGACUCGAAAAACUGCAAGAUCCUGCUCACAGAACCGCCCAUGAACCCCACCAAGAACCGCGAGAAGAUCAUUGAGGUGAUGUUUGAGACCUAUCAGUUCUCAGGGGUUUAUAUCGCCAUUCAGGCCGUGCUCACACUCUACGCUCAAGGUUUGCUGACAGGUGUGGUGGUGGACUCUGGCGAUGGUGUCACUCAUAUUUGUCCAGUGUAUGAAGGCUUUUCUCUUCCUCAUCUCACACGGCGAUUGGACAUCGCAGGAAGAGACAUCACACGCUACCUCAUCAAGCUAUUGUUGUUGAGGGGUUACGCCUUCAAUCACUCAGCUGACUUCGAGACGGUGAGGAUGAUGAAGGAGAAGCUGUGUUACGUGGGUUAUAACAUCGAGCAGGAGCAGAAGCUCGCGCUGGAGACCACAGUGCUGGUGGAGUCCUACACACUGCCUGACGGGAGGGUGAUUAAAGUAGGCGGCGAACGGUUCGAGGCGCCGGAGGCUCUGUUUCAGCCUCACCUUAUUAACGUUGAGGGAGUGGGUGUGGCCGAACUUCUCUUCAACACCAUCCAGGCUGCUGACAUCGACACCAGGGCUGAGUUUUACAAACACAUCGUGUUGUCGGGUGGCUCUACGAUGUAUCCUGGUCUGCCGUCUCGUCUGGAGCGUGAGCUGAAGCAGCUCUAUCUGGAGAGAGUGCUGAAGGGAGACGUCGACAAGCUCUCGAAGUUUAAGAUCCGUAUCGAGGAUCCUCCUCGUCGUAAACAUAUGGUGUUUUUGGGUGGAGCCGUGUUAGCUGACAUCAUGAAGGACAAAGACAACUUCUGGUUGACCAGAGAGGAGUACCAGGAGAAGGGCAUGCGUGUUCUGGAGAAGCUUGGGGUCACCGUUAGAUAAAUCGCACUCGCAUACAUGCACAACGUCUCGUACUUGCACUCACACUCGCAGUCACACAGGGUGGCAUUUUGGCAGCGUAAACAAGCAGAGGUUCAUGGCAGGUAGACAUGAAAAUAUACUUGAUGAUAAUCAAAUACUUGAACUUCCUUGGCAACCCAAAAAAGUAGAUGCUCGAAGUUUGUAUGACAUUCGAACUGUAACGGUUCAUAAGCGCAACCUGAAAAGAAAGGGAAACAAAACUCGAAACUAUCCGUUUAUGCUGCCAAAAUUAAUCAUCAAGCAGUCCCUCGUGCAUCAUCAUAUUGUUUCACAUAACCGGUUUAUUUUUGAAUGUUGUCUGCUCUGUCUUUGCUUAUCAAUUAACAUUGACCCUCAUGAAGAGAAAUAUUGCUCAAAAUAUGGCAAGGAACGUGAUUCUGCAGUGGGGUGUAAGUAGAGGGACAAAACAAUACAAAAAGGUGUAUUUUUAAGAAUGAUAAAAUUAGUUGCUUUAGGAAAUUGUUUUUGUAAUAAGGAUUAAACUCACUGCAGCCAGCUUGCUAUUAAAGCGAUAGGCCACCCAAAAAUGAAAUUUGUCUUUUAUUUGCUCACACUCAUAUUGUUCAGAACCAGUAUAACUUUAUUUGUGUGCAAAGGGAGUGCAAUGAGAGUGGUGACGGGGACAGAAUAAAGCUUGACAUUCUGCUUAAUAUAUCUUGUGUUUCACAGAAGAAAGAAAGUCAUAUGAGUUCGGAGCAACAUGACGGUGAGGGAACUUUAGUACACUUUUGGGUGAAUUAUCCUUUUAAAUAUAAAUAAUGAAAAAUACAAGAUUUGUGGCCAUUGGUAUCAAACAGACAUUCCUUUCUGAAAUGUCUGCUACUUUUUUUUACUGUUAUGUCUUUCUAUAUCUUUAAUUGUUGUGUUUGGGUACUUGACAAAAAAUGCAGGAGCAACUGGGCUUAAUUUCCCCUUACAGCAUUUAAUGGAAAAUUAAGAGUGCUCUCAUUUCAAGUCCAAAUUCACGAUGAGCAGUGUUAGUUGACCUCAUUUUGGUACAGUCUGUAAUAUAGACUCUCUAUUAUUGUCAUUCUUGCUGACCCAGGAACGUUUUUCCUAGCAGUUUAAAGGAAUCUUCAUAAAUAAUAGUAUCAGUUUCACACUCCAUUUGAAAGGGAAGUGGUAAUAUCCUGCCGCAUGUUUGCUGUGAAUGUUUUCUAGAGUUGCAAUCUAGAACUUCACAAUCUCACCAAAAGAAAUAAGGAACUACAUUUGCAAAAAGAAUAUGAUGCCUAUUUUUAUCAUUAAGGUUUUUUGCAUUGCACCAUUAUUUUAAUGACAGAUUAAGCAUAUGUGGGGGAAAAAAGACAAUUGUCAUUACCACAAUGGGGGAAAAUGCAAUUGUAAUUACCGUAAUGGGGGGAAUGCAAUUGUCAUUACCGUAA